ACUAGAAAAGCAUUUGUAGAUAUUUGCUGUUGUGUUUCCUAUAUAAGUCCAUUAUGACGAAAUGUACAUGCUCCACCACAAUCUUACUACGGAAGCAGAGCUCCUCCAUAGUCAAGCAUAUGCAUCGAACUCUUACCAUAAAGAGAUUAUCAAUCACGGCUCCGAGGACGCGCUCUUACCGACCAUACUUUCUACAUUCAUCCAACAGCUCCUCGUACAAGGGUUUGAGCACAAGCUGAUUGAUAUGUUGUACCAAGAAACAUUGGAAGGUAAAUUGGUGGGGUCCAAAAUAACAAACUGUGAUUGUGUCCGACUAGCUGAGCGCCUCAAUAACCUACGUAUUAAGCGGGUUGAUUCAUCACAAGUGAAGGGAAAAAUUGCCCGUCUUAAAAAGAUACAGCGCCAGUUUACAAAUUUAAUGGGUCAAACUGGCAUGGUUUGGAACCCCAUCACAAAAACUGUAAUUGGUUCGGACGAACAUUGGGAAAAUGCGAUCCAGGUUCGAUCUGAGUGGAAAAAGUUCAAGAACAGCGGUUGUGGCAACUACGAUGUCCUCUGCACGAUUUUUGGCUAGGCAGUCGCAACAGGGGUGUUGCAUUUUGCCUCAACGCAAGAACCCCCCUCUAGAGAAGAGGAGCAACAUUUGGAGGAUGAAUUGAGGGCCCGGGGUCCUGUGUUUGGCACUGGCACUGGAUUAGACUCGACUAUUAAUCUGGAUGCCAUCGAGAUUACUCCCAAAAUGCAAGGAGGGGCAGGGGAGCGAAUGAAUCCUCGACGACGACAUAGGGACGCAGCUGGGCCAUCAAUCUCACCAGAUCUAGCUGAUGCCUUGAAAACAAUUGCUGCUAGUUCUAAAGCGCGGGCAGAGUUGGAUGCAAAGAUGUUUGACAUAUGCAGUUCAAAGAGCAGUAGAGGCGAGGGUUCAAAUACUGGGUCUGAUGUAGGUAAUAAUAGUGUUGCACAGUGUAUGCAGUUUUUGUAUGAUAUCACCCCUCCCUUACCUUUGGACAUCCAGCUUGCCGCAACAAAAGCUUUUUUGGAUCCUAAUAUGAUCAAUGUCUUCCAGACCAUGACUCCAGAGCUAAAAUUGCACUGGGUGUGGUCACUACGCUGACCACGCAUAUUGGGCUUGCUUUGGAUUUAUAGAAUUAUCUGACACUUUCUUUUACUUAUAUUUUAUCUAGAACUUUAUUAGUUGUAUGUUAAUUUCUAACAAUCGUAUUUCGUGUGGGCUAAUUUGUAUUCGAACAUUAGCGUUUAUUAUUUUUUAAAGUACUUUCUAAGUUCAUACAAAAUGAGUUCCUUUUAUUCCUAGUAUUACAAA